AUGGGUGAAAUGUGUAAAAUUCAGGUGUUGUUAGCAUGUUUGGUUGUCUGCACUGUCCAGGCCGCCAUCUUAGACCCAGCUCUGUACUUGUCUCCGAGCCCUCCGCUCACGGGUGAGCCGAGAGCGUUAUCUGAGUGGUCUGGGGUGCAAGCUGACUCAACGGAGUCUGUGCCGGCUGAAGAACAGCAUUUAGAGUCAGAGGAGCUUGAAGAACCACAAGCACGAACAUUCUGGCCAGCCCAGCCGUCAUACGGGAUCAGAGGCAUCCACAUCCCUCUCACCUUUAGCCUGACUGGUACCUACGGAAGCAAUGCUGCCCCCACUGGCAUCAUCGGGAGCUCCUACAGAACCACUGGGUUAACAGGCGUUAUAGGAAGUAGCUAUGCCAGUUUAUCAGAAGAUCUACCCUUCGGGAAGUCGGGCCUGGCUGGAAGUAACUACGGUUUGUAUAGGUCUGGCCCGGGCACUAGGAUCUAUGGUGGGAGUGGGGGGGCCGCUUGGAGUGGGUGGGGGAACGGCAAGUGGGGGCAUUAUGGUAAGGGAUAAGGAAUAAAUGUUGUAA